CACUCAAAAUGGCGCAUGACAGCAAAGUGAAUAAGGGAUGAUAACAUAAACCAAAACUCUAUUUUGCAUUAUAUGUUGCAGUGACAAGUUUAUAAAGCAAUACACAACCAUGACACAGUGUAAACAAAAUGCAAAUGAGUUCAUACAAAGCACAUUUAGUCCCCAUAUUGCUGUUUUGUGUAGUGAUGAUGCGCAGUUGUUGUGUCAGAAAAACAACCUAAGUUUCGUGCAGCUGAUCCAGCCCUUUUGUCGAUUAUCCUCUGAAGUUCACAUUCGGGAUGCUAACAAUGUCACACAUUCCAUUCACAACUUGCGCAUUAGUGCUUGUGACAUGGCAGCAGCACCUCUACAGCAAAAUGUCAUAAAAAAACAACUGAGUGAUGCUGUGGCAUCAACACACGGACAGACACAGGAACCUGGGGCAAACAAUAUGCUGUCUAUAGGAAACUAUGACCUCCAGCUCAGCUCUUCCACUCCCUGGUUUGAAAGCUGGAGAGAACACUUCCUCCAGGUGUUGCCAGCCUCAGAUCAUGAGUACCUGAAUCACUGUCUGUCAUGUAUAUUUGUGGUUGCUUCAAGCAAUGGUGACCCACUGAGCACAUUCACAAGUCUAGCCAAUCAGCAAGUGACACAGCAGCAGCAGUUUCCCAACAAGUUACCUCGGUGGUUCUGCCAGGGUGUCCUGCACUACUAUGUUCUGUUGCAUGAUGUUGUGGAUGGUGAACAAUCUAGGGCUGAAGCGGUGUACCAGAGCAUGAAGGCCACCUUUGGUGUUCAGAUCUGUCACCUGCUGCAGAUCAACUCAAGGUCUAAAAAUACACUGGACACCAUCAGAACAAGUGGCCCUCUACAGCCAAACCCCUGGAGCCAGUUCUUGACCAGGCCAUCCAACUCUUUGGAGAGCAUGGACAGUGACCACAUUGAUGGGUCUCCCCCCAGUUUCCCAUCCCACCUGACAGAGGGCAACAACGACCAGUUCCCCAGCAACUCAAUGACUGACUCCAUCUAUGACAACCAUAUGGAAGAGUCUGGCUCAUCCGGAAUCACCUCCUCAUCCUCCUGUGAGCAGUUUAGCCACCCCCUCGCCUCCCCCACCACACCACCCAGUAGAGACACACCCUCACCAGAUAGUGACCCCACAGCCGCAGCUAGUGGUUACCAAGAUGGACGACACUCAAACUACAGUGGCCACUAUAAAAAUGCAGAUCGCUCACAGACCAAGUCAUAUGGUAUGUGUCUGUCACCCAGUGAUCAUGACAGGCUGCGUAUAUUCAUGCAUGAGUUUGUUGUAAGGGCGUUGAUCCCCUGGGCUGAACGACAAAUGAAGAUACUCAGUGAUCAGCUUGCAUCAAGAAAAGGCAUUCAUAGAUCUUUCUUCAGUGCAACCAAGAAAUGGUUUGGUAAUAAACAGCCAACUGGGUCUAUACCAGCAUCACAGAACACAACUGUUGUAUAUACCAAAGAUGCACCAGAACUGCAGCUUCGUCGUCUUGCAGACCUUGCAUUCCUUUUUCAAAUGUAUGACUUUGCUUACAACACUUAUCACACCGCCAAGAAAGACUUCAACAAUGAUCAGGCCUGGUUGCAUUUUGCUGGAGCUCUGGAAAUGGCAAGUUUGGCAAUAUUCCUGCUGGGCACCCAGAGCCAGAAACAGUACCCCCACCACUACAUGGAAACAGCCAUAUCAACAUAUCUAACCUCAUGCAGAAAUCCUCAUUACGCCACCCGCGCCACACUAACCAGCUCUGAGGCUUUGAAGAAGAAAGCAAUGUUCAAUGAGGCAGCAAUGCAGUUCCUUAAGAUGACCAGUGAGGACAAUGACCUGACCAGUGCCCUGUUCCUGGAACAAGCCGCCCACUGUUUUCUGGCGCUGAAGGUUCCUAUGGUGAGGAAAUAUGCAUUUCACAUGAUACUGGCUGGACAUCGCUUUAAUAAAGCUGGACAGAAAAAACAUUCGCUGCGAUGCUAUACUCAAGCUUUACAAGUAUACAAAGCAAAGCAUUGGUCGAUAGCUGAGGAUCACAUCCAUUUUACAAUUGGGCGACAGUCGUUUAACCUGAAACAGUAUGAGAAUGCCACAGCAGCUUUAAAACAUCUCCUGACUGAGGAGAGCAAGCAGCCAACCACACAACAAGCAGCUUUUCUCAGGGAAUAUCUCUUUGUCUAUAAGCAACUACUGACACAAGAGGAGAGAAACAACAGCACCUAUGGCCACCUGCCUGAACUACCUCUGCCCAUAGUAGACAGCAAUGCCACCAAAGUUUUGUUAGCAGCUAACAGCAAAGAGAAUGAGGCCAACAGCCGCAAGACGCUGGCCACAGGGAUGUGGUUUGACAGUGACGCUGAGAACAUGGCCAAGUGGGAGUCACUGGAGCAGAAACUGAUCCAGGUUUCAGGGCGGACAAUCAAGCCCAGCACCCAGCUGUUCACCAACAGCACAGACAACCGUGCCAGUCCAGUGGCUUUUGUUGGGGAGCCCAUCACAAUAGAGCUGCAAGUAGAGAACCCCCUGCAUGUGAUGCUAGUCCUGUCUGAAGUCUCCCUACUCUGGACAUUCCUACCCUCUAUACAAGGCCCUGACCCACCUCAGGUCAUCUCUAAUGAAGUAACUACCAGUGUUAAAAACAACUUGGCUGAUGAAAUUAUUCACACGUCAGUUAUUAAAGAAGUUAUAGUGCAAGGCAUACAAAGUGAAUAUAUCCAGCUGACCCUCACACCCCGCCAGCCUGGUCAGCUGAGGAUUCUGGGUCUGGCGUACAACCUGGGCACCACCUCACUGGCCCAGAACUCCUCCCUGCCACAAGAGGUUGGACAGAACAAGCCCAGCUAUGUCAACAGUGUGAUGGUCAGGGGGAAACAGAAACUGGAGCCACAGGGCCCUCGGCUCAACGGCACCAAGGAGGAGCGCACACAGAAACUGUACGGCCCUGACAGGAGGCUGGACUUGAUUGUACAAGAGGAGAUGCCCAUUCUUGAGGUAGCAUUCUGUGAUUUCCCAGAAAACCUUCUCUGUGGGGAAGUGCAAUGUAUAGAAAUAGAAUUGACCAAUGCAGGACGGAGCCCACUGCGGUCCUUGCGAGUCACCUCCAGUCACCCGAGGUUCUUCACCUUUGGCCGCAACUCUGACCUACCCAAGUACCCGUACAUCUACCAGAUGAGGGGGUCACAGUGCAGCUCCAUCAGCGCCACGCUGACCAGCACAGUCCCAGGGAAGGAUGAGUUCCUGGUGCUGCCUGAUGUGCUGGACAUUCCCCUGCCCAAUGAUGUCCUGAAGCCUGGGGAAACUGUCUCCCUGCCCAUGUGGGUCAGGGGCAACGACAUUGGUGGGAUCCAUGAGGUGGACUUCUUGUUUUAUUAUGAGCCUGUCAAGCACCCUUCAAAUGUUGGACACAGAGUUGUACGUCACCGGGCGGUUCUGAACACAGUCGAGUCUCUGAGUGUCAGGGCCACAGUGACACGCCCUGGAGCCAGGGUGGGCUCAGUCAGGGGACAGGAGCUCAACUCUUGUAUCUUUGCUUGUGAGCUGGAGAACCUCAGUCAGGUCCAGGUGCAACGACCUCAUGUACAGGAGCUACAGGUGACCCAGGUCUCGUGUGUCAGUCCUAACUGGACCCUGGUCAGUCUAGGUGCAAAACACCAUUCAGGUGUGCGUCUUGGCAGUCGUGAAACUUUACAGCUUGUCAUGAAAGGGUUGAAACAAGAGCAAGAAGGAGGUUCCAAAAACCUCAUCUUCAGUGAGGUAGCGUUUGACAGAGACCAGGUGAACACAUCCUGCAGCCCCUGCUCAGACUUCUUUGUCCGCAGCUGGUUGCGCCACCAGACCCUCAACGGCAGCGCCACGGACAGCAGAGACAGCCACCAGAACAACCCCAAGUCCAGACUUAAAGUGCCAGAGUCCAAUGAGUCUUUGGAAUCUGCCAUCAUGGUCAAGCUAACUCUUGUGUUCCUGUGGAAGGCCUACGUAGUCCAGGAGAGCGGGCAGAUGAAAAUCGUUGUUGGUCAACACCAUGUGCAUGUUGACCGGCUGAACACUGUGUCCAUCUCCUACCCCAUACCUCUUGUUCCGGUCAGCAAGCCCCUGCUGAAGUUCACCAAGGACUCAGAGCAGGAUGAAAAACUAGCUCCCAACCCAGAGGUGACCACGAGGCUGGUGUCGUAUUCAUACACCCACCCACACCAGAAGGAGCACGCUUUCUCUAAAGGCAUUUGUGUGGUUGUGGUGGGGCUGACCGUCCAAAACCACACAGAAAAAGAGGUUAGAGUCAUGAUCGACACUAGCAAAACCCCAGACAGUUUGGCCACAUCGGACGGCCUGCAGUCACCCUCUUUGGCCACCCAGUCAGUGCGGUGGAUAGGUCUCACUCAGGCCACCUUGAGCUUAGGCAAAGGUCAGAGUUCACAUUUGUCCCUGAAAGCAGGAAUGGCCCACCCCGGCACUUACAACUUGAACAAUUUGUCUGUGUUUGUCACAUUCAGUUCUGACCAAUCACAGAUGAUUUUACAAAAGCAUGUGACUCCUAGUAUAAUAACACUGGUGGAUACCUCGUGAUAGUCAUGUGACGGACAAAUAUUGUACAAAUAUCGGAGAGAGGUCAAAUGGAUAUUAUGAUCACAUGUUCACCCGCGACCUCUCGAGUAGAUAAACCAAGCUUUGAUUACCUCUUACUAGAAGAUGUUAGAGUUGGUGCAACAGUGUAGUAGAAUUUAAUUCAGUGUACAUUGCUAGUCCCUGCUUGCCUAUAAGGUGAGGAUUACCAAGAUUUCAUUUGAACAUUUCCCAUGAUGCCACACCAAGCUUUUGACAAUGUCACAGGCUGUUCCAGCAGUUGGUUGUUUUUGUUUUGUCACAAUAUCAUGGAUUUGAACCAAAUUCUUCAUGUCUCAAGGUUUUUACUGUUGUUUGUGAAUACUCAACCAUGGCCAAGUUUUGAUGUGUGUGUUUGAAUAGAUUUAGUUACUUAUAUCAGCUAAAGAUGGGCAAUAACUCUCUUGUGACUUAGGACAAUUUCAGCAUGGGUGUACAGAUACAUUGUCAGUGAAUCAAGUUUGAUUGUAUUGUUAGCACAGAAGACAAUCAUUAGCAUGUGCAUUUAGUUAAAUGUAGACUUAAAAUUCAUUUGGCAUGAUUAUCAUUCCCUAAAAAUAUUGAAUGGUUUGCCAAACAGAAAAAAUGUAAAACUUGAGCAAUAUUUUUCAUAUGGCCAAUUUUCAUCAGAUGUGUUUGAAUGCAGACAACUCUGCAUUGCCAGGUUUGUUGUGAUAUAAUUUAUAUGUGUUUGCAUUGUUUGCUAUUUCACUACCCUAUUGUUUUUUUUUUUAGCCUUCUGCUCUUUGUGAUGAAAAUUUUUAAUCAUUGUUAUUAUUAAUUUAAUAGUUAUGUCAAGCCUAGUAAUUUUCAAAAGAAAAAUUUCUUAACAAUUUUUUUCUCUUAAUUUAAACAAUUUCCACAUUAUAAUUUUCAUAAAUUUAUUCCUGACUGUAAAAAAAAUAUAUAUAAAAAGUUGUAAUUUGAAUUUGUCUCAGUCACGCUGGAUCAAUGCUUAAUUCUUUAAGCUGUUUAAAAUCCAUUGCUUUGCACCAAAGUCAUGGCCAGUUACUUGGUCAGUAAAGGACAUGUUUUGUUUUUUCUCUUCUAAUUUGAAAAUGUUUUUACUGUAAUCAAUCAAAGUCAAAUCUUCAACAUGGUUACAACUGUAAUGUUUACAUGCACAGCACUGUAUUGUCUGUUCUUUCUCAUGUUUUCUUUGUUAGUCAUGAACUUUGACAUUUCAUAUAUUAUACCACCAAUCAAAUGAGCUUUUGCCAUUGAUACACUUACUAUUCAGAUAGAAUAUAUCAUACUUUAUGUGGUUUCUUCUUUUCUGACUUUUAGCCACAGUUUUAUCAUUCCCUAUUUCUUCUAGCUGUACAUUUCUAUUUAUUGUCUAGAAAUGUUUUUUUUCCCUCUAACUGUUUGAGUCAUAUAUUACCUGGCCAUAAAUUCUCCCACCUUUGUCUGAAUGACUUAGUUGUUGACUGCAGCUGUUGAAACUGGACCAAAUGUUUGUCUUAUUUUUUUUUAAACUAGAUGUUUUUUUGUUUAUUUAUUGGUGUUUUUAUCUUCUAACAAAAAGAUUUCUCUGCAUUCUGGGUCUAUAUGCAUUAAAUAUCUUUUUGUAAAUUUUUUUUUUAAUUAAUUAUUUUUAAAAUUAAUUUUUUAAGUGUCUACAGUAAGAUUGUGAUUUUAUGUAAAAACAGUGAUAACUAUUGGGAAUUACAGUAGUUUUUUGUAAGAUUUGCUCAGCUGUUUCAACACAUUGAUGAUUUGUGUACUAUUUGAUCAUUGUUUGAUAUGUCGAACUCCAUGAAAUCUGUUGGCUUUAUGAUGUGUCAUGCUGAUAUUUUCCAUCUUUUAUUUUCUGCUUGCUGGUCAGUUCUUUCACUUGAUUGUCAUUAGGAAUACUUGCUAAAGCCAUGAUUGCUAUGUUGAGAUAAUUACAGAAUGCAUUUUAUCUGUGGCAAACCAAGUCCCCGCUAACAAUUUACUAUUGUUCACUGUUUAUUCAUUCUUCAAACGUUAUUUUAUAGAGUGGGGUGUUUAGAUACAAUUGUUUUUGUGUUCUAAUAUGAGAUUUUAGCAAAUGUCCUGACUUACAAAUUUUUCAUCAUAGAUGUAUUCCUACAUAGAUCAAAUUUAAAAAAAAAAAAUUUUUGUGCCAUUUUCUGCCCCAGUAAGUUAAGUGCAACAGGUUGUGUUGUUGUCAAGCUCCAAGUCUUUCUGUCUUACAUUCAGUUGAUCAACUAUUUUUACUGUGGGGGAUGUUUUUGUAUUUAAGUACUGUCAUGAGAUGGCCAAUAGUGUAUCGUGUAUCAUGUGACCAUCAUAUGUUGGCCCAGUGUAUCAUGUGACUAUCUUAUGGUGGCCCAGUGUGUAUCAUGUGACCAUCACAUGGUGGGCCAGAGUGUGUCAUGUGACUAUCUUAUGGUGGCCAGCGUGUAUCAUGUGAACAUCACAUGGUGGCCAGAGUCUAUCAUGUGACCAUCACAUGGUGCCCCAGAGUCUAUCAUGUGACUGGCUAACUAUGUGUCAUGUCCUCACCUUGCCACAUUGGUCAACCAUCUGUUUUGUUUGUACAUAUAUCAGGUUGAUUUUGAAUAUGGAUAGAAAAAUGAAUGGCCAUAAUUUCUGUACAUACACUACAUUGUGUAAUGACUUAAUCCCAGUAAUUAUUGGUGUAAUUGUUUCUGCCCUCCAUGUCAAAUGUGGUUGGGAGCACCCAAAUCAGUUUUGUUAUUCCACUAGCAACUUUUGUUGUUGAGCUUUAAAUUUGUGUGUGUACAUUUUGUUCAGUCAUCAACUGUUGUAACUUGUACAGUUUGUGUACAUUUUCUUACUCUACCCAUGUGUAAAGAAUGUGUAUAGUUUGUUCUUGAUGGUAAGGUGUGUAUGUUGAUUCACUCACCACAAUUGUGUGAGUGACCACACAGCUGUUAGUGCCCAUACCACACAUUCUUGUGAGGGACCUGUCACCAUGCGGUUUUGUGUGGGUGUCCACACAAUAUAUGUGUGUGUGUGGGUAUUUUAUCCUUCCCUUCUAAACGUGUCAUAAUGUCAGUAACUAGAUAGAGUGUGUACGGGGGUGAGUGAGUCAUUGACUGAUCUUUUAUUUUAAUAAAGAUAAUUUUCAGUGGCAAUCAA